ACAACAUACCAUUCAUUAUGGUGGUACUCACGGCUGUAAAUGGAAGAAAACUGAUUGAAAACUUGCCGAGAGCGUCAAAACAUAGAAGUACAGAUAACAAUGCAGAUUUUUACCAAGCAACGUAUCAAUUACCAGUUGAUUUCAAGCAUUUGACCAGAGAAGGUAUUGGAGAUGGCGAUUUUAAGCAACCUUUUGAUGGUUUACGUUACAAACUGAUUAAAGAGGGAGACCUAGAUCGCGUCAUAGAAUCGCUCCCGAAAUUGGAUCUCAAAAGCAAACAUGAGCUAUCACAAAGAAAUCUGCCUGUAUUUUCUAGUCCACGUGAUGAAAUUGAAUACUACAAUAAUAUUUAUAACUCUACAGACAAAAAGACAAGUGGACUAUUCGAUUUUUCAUCUAUUUUAGAGAAAAAUUUAAGGAAUCCAUUUAUAAGUAGAAGAGAAAAAAUAUUGGAUAUCCAAAAGGCAAGAAACUUCACUAAGGCGGCCAAAGCGAUGCCAAGAAAAGAAAAUACAACGGAAUAUUUUCAAAAAAACAGAUUCUUUAGAAAACCGCAGCGAAAUUCGCUUAAAAUUAAUUGGACAACCUGUGAUGAAUUUGCGAUAAAUGCUGUUUUCCAUCCUGAUGAUAUAGUCAACAUUAAAUGGCUGCCAUUUUUCAUUUGGUCUAAAAGGGGAUUUUUAACAACUGUAACACACACAUUUUCGCAUCCAACUAAAAAGAAUGUGCAGUAUUAUAGAUCAACUUUUGGCCCACAUUAUAAAAAUAUUGAUUGGCAACAACCAAAAUUGCUAAUGAAGGAGAGAAGGAAUAUGUUACUAAUAGCGGGUGACAGAAAGGGUCUAUUUUACGGCAUACCAGACCAUGAGCUGCCAGAAGAUCAUCAUUUAAUGAAAAACCUAUAUUUACCAACUAUAAAACUAAGACUAAAGAUACAUGAUCCCUAUUUAGCUAUGAUGUAUUGUGAUGAUCAUUACGCAGCUAUAAUGGCCGAGUUGGGAACUGGACCCAAAUCGGAACAUGAUACAUUUCUUGAAGCUUCCACCCUUAACUUUAAAGGCAAAGGCACAACAGUUCGCAGAGAUAUAGAAGAAGAAAAAUUCAUAGCGAAUAUGCAACAAAGAAUUAAAAUAGAGGAUGAAGAAAACAAAUUUAUACGUAUUCACAGACCUAUCGGAGACGUAGACAUCAAAGUCAGACAUGCUAAAUAAUGUUUGCCUAUACUAUUAUUACAAUCCUAGUAUACAACAUACUUAAGCAGUAAAUAAAACUUGCAUUGUAAAUAAAUAACAACACAUGUAAAAAUUGAUAAAUGAUAAACAUUCAAGACUUAUUAAACAUCCUAUGGUAAACAAAGAUAAUAUUC